UUAUGUCAGUUUAUAUAUUUUCAAUUUUAGGUAUUUUAAUGGUAAUCAAUAUAGCUAAUGUAAAAUGGGCAACAAGAGUGCAAGAUGUAUUCACUAUUGCCAAAUUGUUGGCUUUAGUUCUUAUCAUUUUAACAGGAGUAGUGGUAUUGAUUAUGGGUAAAACAGACAGUUUUGCUGAACCUUGGGAAGGGACAACCACAGAUGUGGGGGAUGUCUCCCUGGCUCUUUAUUCUGGCUUGUUUGCAUAUGCAGGCUGGAACUUCUUGAACUUUGUUACAGAAGAAAUGAUAGAACCAUUUAAAAAUCUCCCCAGAGCCAUCUAUAUUGCUAUCCCAAUAGUUUCCUUUGUGUAUGUUCUUGGUAAUGUUGGCUAUCUGGCUGUUCUCAGUCCUAAGGAAGUGCUCAACUCCAAUGCUGUAGCUGUGUCAUUUGGAGAGCGUAUAUAUGGUGUGAUGGCAUGGAUCAUGCCAGUUUCUGUGGCUCUGUCUUGUUUUGGAGGAGUAAAUGGACUGAUCUUUACCUCAGGGAGAUUGUUUUUUGUUGGAGCUCGAGAGGGGCACCUGCCAGCUUUCCUUGGAAUGAUUCACUCCAAGAGAUUCACACCAACUCCAGCCAUGUUGUUCACGGGCAUCAUGUCCCUCCUGAUGUUAAUCUCCAGUGAUGUAUUUGCACUGAUCAACUACAUGAGCUUUGUACAGUGGUUGUCAGUGGGGGCCUCCAUCACAGGCAUGGUGUACCUACGCUUUAAGGAACCAGACAGACCCAGGCCUAUCAAGUUCAACCUGAUCAUCCCCAUCAGUUUCCUGAUAGCUGUUGUCUUCCUCCUGGUGGUCCCUCUGUACGCUGCCACCAGGGACACUGGGAUAGGGGUGCUCUGUGUGGUGUCCGGGAUACCUGUCUAUAUUAUAGGAGUCUGCUGGAAGAAAAAGCCCAAGUCUGUACAGAAUUUCAUUGUGAAAAGCACAGUGCUUGGCCAAAAGAUGUUUGAUGUGGUCUUUCAAGAAGGGAAAACAGACUAACAGAUGGCAGCAGUGUAUGGGGGAUGCAAGAUGGACCACAUCAUUGUGAAUGCAGAGAUUUCAAACACAGGGUGCUUAUUUCUGAUAUCUAUUCAGAGCUAAAUGCAUUAUUUAUAUGAGAUAAUGAAUUAUAAAGCCAAAUAACUAGAUAAUGCAAAAAUAAAAUACAUAGAACUGCUAAGAGUUCAAUUAUAAAUAAUAACUAGUAAAUUCAGAUAUUUAAUGAUGUUUUGUAAAUUAAGUCAUUAUGACUUACUGUAUGUCAUUGUCAGUUUGAUCAUUUUCAUUAACUAUUAGAAUAUUCUAUAGUUUGUAGAACAAGUGUGGAGAUCUGUUGCAAUGUUACAGCACUCUUUAAAAUGAACUUUUAGCCUAAAGUAUAUGCAUUCUUAAAAUUAACUUAUAGCCUGAAACAAAAGCAUUGAUAAUUUUCUUCUUUAGUCAAAAGAUGGGGAUAAAAAUGACACAUCAUGUAGCAUUUCAAAACCAAUUUUUGAUGUAUUUCAGAAAUAUUCUGUGAAUUCUGUGUUCUAGCAAAGGAAUAUGGACCUCAUUCUAGUACAAGUGCCUUCUGUCUUUUAAGGGCUAAGUGUAUUUUUGUUUGUUUGUUUGUUUGAAAAUAUAUACACACCCUAUAUUUUGUUACAUAAAGUUUAAUAUUUAUAACAACCAAGAGUCUCACACAAAGCAUAAACAUUAAACAAGUGUUUUUAGUGAACAGUUAUAAAGAAAAUUAAAUCAAGUAUAACUCUUAGAAGGGACACAGUGAUCUUAGGAGGCACUGUGUGAGAUUAAAGCACUGAAUAAAACAAAUGUUGAUUAAAUGUUUUUCUCGGCAGCCUUGCAAAAGUUCUAGUGCUUCUCCUGGCAGGGGUGGGCAGGUGGUGGAUCAUCACUUCAUGAAACUGUAAAGGAACCUGUAUCUAUAGGGAAGUUCUAAGCAUGCAGGCCCGUAGCCAGCAAUUUUAAAAUUGGGGUUCUUUUUUCCGAAAAAAUGGACUUUGUUCCAUAAAAGCUUCAUGAACCUAGAUCAAAUGUUACCCUGAGUGGACCUUUUCCCAACAAAAGGGGCAGUUCUUUCGAACCCCCCGAACCCCUCUCGCUACGGGUCUGGCGUGGAACAUGUUCAGGAAUGGAUGGUUUGUACAAGAAAGCCAUUACAUUAGCUUAAACCAAUAAUUUUUUGCCCUAUAUUCCCUUGAACAGUUCCUUUGAUUAUGCUGCCAAAAUGUGGCCAUGGAGACAGAUAAGUCUAUAAGUGAACUAGAUAUAUAUCUUAAAAUGAGGGUGUAUAGUUUUAGAUUUAAGAUUGGAAUUCAUGGAACAGUUUGUAACCAACAUGCAAACCUUAGGGUGUAUGCAAACUUAUGGAUUCUAGAUACAUCAUUGUACAUGUGGUCAUAUAUUAUGGAAGGCUAUUUAUUUUGAAUCUGUCUUUAAAUGACGUACACUUAAUUAAAAUCAAGUUUUGCACUGCCUAGUCUUCCUUUAUCAUUGUAUGUCAACCAUUGGUUUUGAUUACUAAUGAUGUGUAUAAUAGGGAACUAUAGAAUUGAAGUGUAUGGUAAGAUUUAUCUUUAUUUCCUUAUUCAUAUUUUAAAAACGUAUCAUAUAUGUUUUGGUUGCAUUGAUUAAUGCAACUAUUUCAAGAAUCUGUUUACACUGGGUACAAUGUUGAUAUAAAUGGUCAGUUUAUAUCUCAGUGAGGAUAUGGUUUAUAUCUCAGUGAGGAUAUGGUUUAUAUCUCAAUGAGGAUAUGGUUUAUAUCUCAAUGAGGAUAUGGUUAAUAUCUCAGUAAGGAUAUGGUUAAUAUCUCAGUGAGGAUAUGGUUUAUAUCUCAGUGAGGAUAUGGUUUUUAUCCCAAUGAGGAUAUGGUUUAUAUCCCAGUGAGGAUAUGGUUUAUAUCUCAGUGAGGAUCUGGUUACAUCAUGAAAAUUAGCAUAUAUACUUUCUAAGGUGUAACUGUAUCGUAGUCAUGGUACAGUUUACUUACUAGUACAUAACUGUAUAAAUUAUAACGAAUAUAUGAUACUGUAUACUUGAUAUAGUAUCAUUACGUUAGUAAAUUUAAUUCCAGAAAUGAAACAUCUGGUAUCUAACUUCACAUCCGUUUUGAUGUGUAUAUAACUGUUAUAAACUGGUUAUGUAACUGUUUACCCAAUUAUAACCCUGUUUAUGUAUACUUUAGUUAUAAAUAUAAUAUUAUAUUUGGUUUUGUGUUUGUAUAUUUGUUAUGACCUUGUUAAAAAACUGUUUCUGUUUCAUGCAGCUUGUCACUUAGAGGAAAUUUAAUCAGCUUUAAUUAGUAAACGAACCAGGAGGGGGUAUAUAUCCUCCACCCACUUAUGGGAAUCAAGAAGAAUAUUUUAUCCUUAAUGCCCUAUAAGAGUUUUGUACCAUAAGUGAACAAAAGCAGUGUGGUUAUGUUUGGAAUUGUUUGUACAUAAUCCAAUUAAUAUAUUUAUUUCAUCAUUUUGACAUGUAUUGAUACCAUGUGGUGACUUUGUAUUUGAUAUGAAUUUAUGACAAUAUUUGGGCAUUGUUAAUUACUAGCCUUUAUUUUAUAUGUGCAGCUUUGGAUGAGUAUAUUUGUACAUGUAAGCAACGCUGCAAUUGAUUUAUUAGUGAAUCUCAAUAUUUGUAUCUCUUUGGGCAUUCUUGAAAUAAAGCUGAAUGUGCUUAUACCUAUUGCCAGAAUAACCAAUAUGAUGUAAUAUAUGAGGUCUUACUGCUGAUACUUUCUUUUGCGGAUUACAAAGAGAUGUGCUGUAAGAACAAACCAGAACCCCAUGGCAGCUAUGUGAACAAUGUCUAGCUAGGUAGGUACUGCCAGAAUGUCUCUCUGUCAAAAAUUCCAUUUUAGUGCAGUUAUUUAUAUCUUGUUCACAUGGAAGUGCACUGUUUAUAAGUUGUUUUUGUUAUGGUUUUAUCACUGUAAUUGUAUUUUAAUGAAAAUUUAACAGUAAUAUAUUGUGAAUGUGCAUAAUAUACUUACAGUUGAAGAAAUAACCUGGAAGAUCUUAUUAUAAUGAUCAUAUAGGUACUGGUUGUAUAAAUAUAUAGACUAGUGUUGUCAUGGUUGGUUUUUGUGCUUUGUUUGGUUUUAGUUAUCAUGCAUUUUUCAAAUAAAUGAAUAUUCACUGUUCUCUAUAAA